AUGGAUCUUUUGUAUUGUGAUGCAGUUGCAGUUCACUCACUUACUUGGUACCUGAAGUAUGUUGGCAUACCAUUGACCAUUGGUGUGACAAUGUGUAAAUUAUUCAGCUGUAUCUCCACAAAUAGACGUCGUGCUGCAUUGCAAGGAAAGGUAGUAGUAAUAACUGGUGCAAGUUCUGGUAUAGGAGAAGCAUUGGCUCAUGCAUUCUAUGAACAAGGAAGCAAGGUAGUGUUAGCUGCUAGAAGAAAAACAGAAUUGGAGAGAGUAAAAAAUGACUUAGUGUCUAAGAAUCUGUCUACUCCAACACUGGAACCGGUUGUACUGGAGCUGGACCUUACAAAAUUGGGAGAAAUGAGUUCAUUUGUUCAAAAUGUCUAUGAUGCCUGUGGAGAAAUAGACAUUUUGAUUAACAAUGGAGGUAUCUCACAUCGAGGAUCAAUUUUGAAUUCGAAGAUAGAUGUUUUCAAGAGUAUUAUGGAUGUUAACUAUUUUGGUUCUGUUGCUCUGACAAAAGAAUGUCUUCCAAAGAUGGUGCAACGCAAAGCUGGUCACAUAGUAUUUGUGAGUUCAGUCCAGGGGCUCAUUGCCAUACCUGAGCGCUCUGCAUAUGCAGCAGCAAAACAUGCAAUGCAAGCCUUUGGAGAUUCUCUUAGAGCAGAAAUGCAUCAGCAUAACAUCAAUGUUACAGUUGUUAGCCCUGGUUAUAUAAAAACUUCUAUAUCUUUAAAUGCUUACACUGGGUCUGGAGAAGCACACGGAGUAAUGGAUAAAAGCACAGCUGCUGGUUUCUCUCCAGAAUACACUGCAAACAGGAUCCUUAAUGGAAUUGUGAACAAAGAAAAAGAUUUGGUUAUUAGCCAGUUCUUACCAAGUUUAGCUGUAACUUUAAGACAUUGUACACCAUCAUUAUACCACUGGAUUAUGGCAAGGAGAGCUGUCAACACAUCUUAG